AUGUCGGUAUUACUUACAGAAAGCAGUGAACAAGAAGCUGCCCGUCUUUACCGUGUAUACAAAACUGUCAAGAGAAUGGUAGCUGACAGGGGUUACGUGGUAGCUGAACACGAGAUUCCUGCAGAUUUGGAUGCAUUUAGAGAGAAAUGUACGGAUAGUGGUGUUGUUAAUCGGGAAAAAAUGAUGUUUCAAGUUCAAAAGAGAGAUGAUCCUACCGAGCAAUUACUUGUUACUUUUCCUACAGAGAAACCUGUUGGAGUGAAGUAUUUGAAAACGAUAUGUACUCGGAUGUCCGAAACAAAAGUCACCAGGGGAAUAAUCGUAUAUCAGGGUAAUAUGACAGCUGCGGCGAAUAAGGCGAUUCAAUCCAUGAAUCAGGGGGAUAGAGUCCCAGAUAAAGCGUACUAUGAGAUUGAUUCAUUUUCCGAAGCAGAACUCUUGGUGAAUAUAACCGAGCAUCAACUCGUCCCGACUCACAUUGUGUUAACAGAUGAAGAAAAGAAAACACUCCUGAAAAAAUAG